AUGGUUUAUUGUGGUAAGCCAAGUAAAGCUUGCGCCGAGUGUAGACUUCGCAGGACCAAGUGUGACACUCUGACACCAUCAUGUUCGCAAUGUGUUCGUGCUGGCCGUAGCUGCACAGGGUAUAGAACUGAAGCAGACAUGAUGUUCCGCGACCAAACGCAACACUACGCUAAUAAACGUCGAAUUCAAAAUGAUGCUCGAAUGGUGGUAUCGAGACGGAAAACGAAAGCAUCAAACGACACACUCGAGAUUCCUAUAGAUCCUCAGUUGACGGAUGAAUCCACAAUGCAGCUUGUGAUGCAGACUACACCGUUCACACUCGAGCUUUCUACUUCAUCAGCUGAGCAAGCUACUUGUUACUUUUUCCGGAAUUAUGUUCUAGAGGAUAACUCGACCAGUGGUUGUUUCCAAUAUCUACACGACAUAUAUGGCAAUGAACUCAUCGGCCCUGCUUUAGCUGAUAGCAUUGAAUCUCUUGGCAUGGUUGGUUUAGCGAACUUUUGGAAAGCUCCGGAUCUCCAAUUUCAAGCACACAAAAAGUACAAUUCUGCUUUAAGACUCGUUAGUUCGCGUCUGAGAAACGAAGAGGAAGCCCGAACAGAUCAAACCCUUGUGGCAGUGAUGCUAUUGGGACUCUAUGAGACAAAUACUUGUACAGGCCCUCAAUCAAUGCAGUCUUGGACCAAGCAUAUAAUUGGGGCCUCAUCACUGAUGCAACUGAGAGGGAAGCAGUGUCUUAAAACCUCCAUAGACCGCCAUUUAUUUCUUCAUCUCAGGGCUCAAGUUAUCACGAACUGUAUACAACGCCAUGUUGCUAUCCCGCCAUUCAUUCGGGAUUGGUCAAGAUAUACACUUCAGUUUCAAUCACCGAACGAUGCUCACGCUACAAUUCUCUCGGAACAAGCGAUGCAGUUUUGCGAUUUGCGUGCGACGAUGUCUUCCUUUCAUGAUUACAGUAAUGCUGAAAACAUCAUCAUAGCGGCUCUCGCGGUUGAUUCUAAGCUCGUGGAGUGGGCAUUCACCUAUCCGUCCGAGUCCUGGUUCUAUAAAACAAUAACUUUGAGGCAAAGGUCUGAUGAUGUUUUUUCAGAUCAUUAUCACGUUUAUGAUAGUGUCUGGGCAGCUGCACUCUGGAACCACUAUCGAUGUGUCCGAAUCCUCGUCAACGAGAUUAUAUAUGUUCAGCUUACGCAUCUAAAGAAUACCCAGCCCGAAUUAGUUGGACUGGAGACGGGAAACCCUGCCUUCUCUGAUUCCCAAUUGGAGACAUCAAUCACAACUGUCAUUCAACUUUCACAUGAUAUAUGUGCUAGUGUCCCGUUUAUGCUCGGAUACACGGAGGGUGGAGAAGUGACAUUGAACAGUGCUAAAGCAGUUAGUGGUAACUUGUUGUUAUGGCCUCUGUACACGGCAGCUUGUACGCCCAUAGUCUCAGAUAUGAUGUGCCACUGGGUAGCUGGGAGACUGAGAGUCAUCUCGGACGUUAUGGGAAUCAAACAAGCUGCACCACUAUCCCAUAUCUUGAUAAAACGAAAGGAACUUUUGGCUUGGGAGCUUGAAGAUAUCAAGAACGGGAUCGCACCAAACUACGAAGACUGGACACAUGGUCAACUUAUGGAGAUGACAUGA